CCACCUUCCCAUUAUCCCAUACAUGCAUAUAAAUUCCCUUCUCCCCACUCAAGUUUCCACACCACAACCGAACAACAAGUCCAACUGCAACUAUCUGCCAAUUCAGCUCAAUUUCGAACUGCUUCUUCAUUUCCUUCCCAAAUUACUUGUCUUACAAACUUCAUUUCAGAGACAAAGAAUUUAAAGAUGGUGAGUGUAGCUGAGAUUCGCAAGGCUCAGAGGGCUGAAGGCCCUGCAACCAUCUUUGCUAUUGGCACUGCAAACCCUCCCAACUGUGUUGAUCAAAGCACUUACCCUGAUUUCUACUUCAGAGUCACCAACAGUGAACACAAAACUGAGCUCAAGGAGAAAUUUCAGCGCAUGUGUGACAAGUCUAUGAUCAAGAAGAGAUAUAUGCACUUGACUGAAGAUCUUUUGAAAGAGAACCCCAACAUGUGCGCUUAUAUGGCACCUUCUCUGGAUGCUAGGCAAGACAUGGUGGUCGUAGAGGUACCUAGACUAGGCAAAGAAGCUGCUGUCAAGGCUAUCAAAGAAUGGGGUCAGCCUAAGUCCAAGAUUACCCACUUAAUCUUUUGCACUACAAGUGGUGUGGACAUGCCCGGUGCUGAUUAUCAACUCACCAAACUCUUAGGCCUUCGCCCAUAUGUGAAAAGGUACAUGAUGUACCAACAAGGAUGCUUUGCAGGUGGUACGGUGCUUCGUUUGGCUAAGGACUUGGCUGAGAACAACAAAGGUGCUCGUGUACUCGUUGUUUGUUCUGAACUUACUGCAGUUACCUUCCGUGGCCCCAGUGACACUCACCUAGACAGCCUUGUUGGGCAAGCAUUGUUUGGAGAUGGAGCAGCCGCACUCAUUGUUGGUUCCGAUCCAGUACCAGAAGUUGAGAAGCCUUUGUUUGAGCUAGUUUGGACUGCACAGACAAUUGCUCCAGAUAGUGAAGGAGCCAUUGAUGGUCACCUUCGCGAAGUUGGAUUGACAUUUCAUCUCCUUAAAGAUGUUCCUGGGAUUGUUUCAAAAAACAUUGAGAAAGCACUAAUUGAGGCCUUCCAACCACUAGGCAUAUCUGAUUACAACUCAAUUUUUUGGAUUGCACACCCAGGUGGCCCAGCAAUUCUAGACCAAGUUGAGCAGAAGUUGAGCUUGAAACCUGAAAAGAUGAGAGCCACUAGAGAAGUGCUAAGUGAAUAUGGUAACAUGUCAAGUGCAUGUGUCCUAUUCAUCUUAGAUGAAAUGAGAAAGAAAUCAGCUCAAGAUGGACUCCAAACCACCGGUGAAGGACUUGAAUGGGGUGUGCUAUUCGGUUUCGGACCUGGACUUACCAUUGAAACUGUUGUUUUGCGUAGUGUGACUAUUUAAUAUGCUUGAUUGUUUGAUUAUUUUGUAACAACUCACAAAUUCUCUAGUUUGUGUAUCUGUGAGGAAGAAAAAAGACUCAUAUUGAGUUUGAUUAUGUAUGUUCAAAUUAAAAUAAUGAAUGGCUGAUUGCUUUUUUCA